AUGAGUUUGGAUUAUGACGUCAGCGAUAACUCGGGAGAUGAGUUCGGGGUAGAUUCUUGUGACGAUACUAGUUCUUAUCACGGCUCCUGUGAAUUGUCCGACUCUCAGGAGGAUCUAUGUAAUUCGGGGGUGUGCAGACGCAUGUCCGAUUUUUCUAUUAGUGACAGCAGGGCCAUGAGCCUCACUAAGAAGGGGCCGGAGCCUGGUGGCCCCUUGACAAAGAAGGUUCCCCCAGAGGACUUUCGGAGUAACGGAGGUGGACAUUACCCCCUGUCAUACCAUGCAGAACCCCCUGACGAUGAGAACAUGAAUGAGAUUGUAGAGGAAAAUGUGGAUGUUUUUGUCCACCUUCCUGACAGGGGACGGAAAAAGGUUGCCGUCAAUUCAAACAUUCCCAUGAUGGACCUUUUAGUGAACCUGGCUGCGGGGAGUCGUCUUAACCCCGGGGGUCACACCUUGCAGGUGUUAAAUGAGGACACUGGAAAAUUAAAACAAUACAAACCCAAUCAGACAAUAGGCUCCCUCUGUACCCGUGGGGAGGAUCACAAAUUUCAAUAUGUCACCGUGCAAAUUGUCCCCAAGAAAGAUUCUAAGAAAUCCUCAGGGAAUAACCGAAAUGUCCAGCCGUUUGAGAUGACCAAGAGGUUCACGGUGAACCUCCCUGGAGGUCAGAAGAAAGUCCUGCGGAUCAGUCCCCAGUCCACUCUUGAACAGGUGCGGGCCCAGCUAUGUCAAGAGAGGCAAAUUAAUCCCAGUCAACUCAUGUUUCAGCUGCCCAACAACCCACGCCAACAACUAGGUCUUCAGACAACUAUAGCAGAACUCCCCACCAGUGAAGUCAACCUUAUUAGUGCUAAUGUUAUGCUUGAUGGUGCCAAAUCCAUGCCCGAUCUUUCUGUGGGGCGGAGCCAGUCCAUGAAGACUGAGGCCCCCGCCCCCUACAUGCCUAUGGCUGGAGAAGGAAAGAAAAAGAAGGGCUUCUUCUCUUUUUUGAAAAAGGACAAGAAAUUCACUGUUUCUAUGCAUGCUGAUUUGAACCAUGCAGGAAAAGCUCCACCCACCUCAAGUUCGCAGAGGGAAGGUGGUAGUCCACCUGCCACGAGGAGGAAGUUUGAGGCUACAGAACGCCCUAAAUCAAUGUUUGUGACGUCUUCCCCAGAUGUGGCCGUUAAUGGACCAAAAACGAUGCCAACAGCCUCUAGUGAUGUUGACAUUCGGAAUCGUGCAGCACCCUCUGUGCAAGUGAAACCUGAACCCUCUGUGCAAGUAAAAUCAGCCCCAGCUCUUCAAUCUGUGAAAGAAACUGCACAUGCAGGCCCUCCAGUCAAAUCAGGAAAGAAGAAACGUGCACCCCCACCACCUCAAGUUAAAGCCCCUCCCCCUCAAACUGUAGUGACGACAGAAAUCAUGAUAGAAAAACAGACGAUGCCUUCUCAGGCGGAAUCAAGGAUCCCAGAAAUCACAUCAUCCAAUCAACAAUUAGCUCAGAAAUUACAUUCCAGGAACAGUUCCGAUUCUAGUGGUUAUCACGAACUUACACUAAGUGGGGCGGAAUCGCCCGACACAGCCAAAAUAGAGGAAAAUUUAGAACUUAAAUUGAAUGCAGAUAUUACCUCAGGAGGGGGACCUAAAAAUAGUGGGGAUAGUGGCAUACGGGAUAUGUCCUCCCCUAGGCGUAAAGUACGACCUGGUAUUGAAACCAUGGAUACGGGAUCAAGCCAAACACUGCCAUUGGAUAAAGUAGGGAAGAAGGAAAUUUCAAGGACAAGGUCAUUAGAACGACCUGCUGGUGCUAAGAAGAAGAAGGCCCCGCCCCCACCCCCAGGUCAAGCUCCACCCUCUGUACCGUCAUCCAUUUCUCAAAAGACAGCUAUCCCCAAACCCGCUCGGAAAUCCUCCGAUACCUCUACAACCCCAGCUGCUACCUCUUCCCCUCGACCCACCGCUCAGAAAAAGGAUGACGCUGUAGCCAUCCAUGCAGUUUUGGAUGACCUUGACAAUCACCUUGGCGACGACACGGAGGAAGAUCAGAUGAUGAUGGUGGAGAACGGAGAUCUGACGGUGGAAGAAGUGGAUCAGCCACGAUCGCUCCGCCCAUGUGCCUUUGUAGCUCCGCCCCCUCCCGAUGAACCACCUCCUGAAGACGGAGAAAUUGUACAUUACAGUGACAUCAUGGGGGUCAAGGUCGAUACCGUGGAUAUUGGCACGGAAACCAGUGACGACAGCGCCACUUUCGAUCAAGGAAGUCCAAAAAGUUCUCCAAAGUUUCAGUCAGGCAUCAGGCACACAAUGCAUAGUCGAGCGGAAAGUCGGACAAGCAUGACUUCUGUUACAACAAUUGAGGAAAUCAACAUGGGUUUUGAGAUGGCCAUAUUGGCAGGACAGGAAGCCAUGUUGGAAGAGUCCAGUGAGGAAGAUGAAGAGGAAUACAAGAAUGAAAUGGCCCACUUUGUUGAAAGAAUGAAUAAAGAGGUCAUUAACCAGAAAGUUCCAGAAUCAAUCCAGCCAGAACCGGAUUCAGAAUCCAGACAAAAGAUCUCAGCAGAAGAAGUGAAACUGGAUCUCCAGUCUUCAAGUGAUGAAGGUUCAGCAAAGCCAAGUCCUCGAGAAAAUAAAAGCAAUGCCGAGGGUGACCAGGAGGUGUCUGAAAUUACGUACAGCUUUACUGUGGAUGCAGUUCCUCCUGAAUUCCAAGAGACUGAAGAGGUCAAAGGUCAGAAGAAUGAAGAGGAGGAAGAAGAAGAAGAAUACACAGAGACAAUUACUACAGAGAUUAUUUACACAGAUACUGUUUCUGAGGUUAUUUACCCACUUUCUUCUUCAGAUGGACUUGAAAGCCCAAGAAAGAUUCCUGAUUUGGAUUCCCCUAAAGAACAUGCAAAGCCAGUAGUUUCUGUGGAAAAGCCUAAAGAGACUGAAACGGUUGUAGAGAAAGUUAAAGAAGAACCUCAAGUACAAAAAGUAGACACUGUUAAAAAAGUUCAAGAGCCCAAAGUUGCAAAACCUGAGGACAAACCAAAAGUCAAGCAGGAGAAAGAGGAGUUUGUGUUAACAUUUGACGAUUUACAAAAUGUUGAUUUCACAGGACCAAAGAAGAAGAAACCACAGACUCUGAAUCUAAAACCAGAGCCUAAGCAGCCAGCAGAGGAAGUGAAAAGACGGUCAGGGAGAAAGUCCCCUGCUGUUGUAACUUCUCCGGUGUUAGUCUUGGAGGAACUCCGAUCUCGAUUCAAGUCCGAUGGGGAUGAGAACGUAUUGAUCACCCCACUCAGAGAAAGCAGGAAUGGAAGUAUUAAAGACAGAUGUAAUGAGCUAAGUUUCACUCCCAGUUCCGAAGGGGAGCAAGAACAUGUGAUGGAAGAGAAAUCUAUUUCAUUCAUGAACUUCCCUGUCAUGAGAACAUCUGGCCAGGUCUCCCAAAAGGAGGACAAAAUUGUGAUUGAAAAACUCAAUCUCUCUAAAGAUGUUACUGAUGGUGUUUCAGAGCCAGAAAUUGUGAAUAGUGAUAUUAAUGAAGACAGUGUAAAUAACAAUGAAUCUGCUCCAAAUUCUGCUCGUGAUAGUGUGAGUAGUAAGUCUUCUCAAAAUUCCGCUCGUGAUAGUUUGAACAACAAUGACUCUGCUCCAAAUUCUGCUCGAGAUAGUGUGGCCAGUAUAGAACAAGAGGUAGACCCACUGGAGCAGAUGCAACAACAAUUCCAAAUAUGGCAAACUCAGUUGGAGCAAAAUCAAAACCUUCUUGCAUCUCAACCUGUUCCAACUGAUGAAAACUCUCUACAACUGCAAAAUCAGCUGAAGAGCCAAAUUGAGAUUCAAAAACAAAUGCUUGCUCAAAUGCAGAAAAGCAUGGAGACACUAGCAGCCCAAGCCCAAACUAAGCCAAGUGAUUCUCCCAGAAACAGUAUAGAUAAGACAGAAGUGUCUAACAGACAGGACACAGUUCCUAGCCCCCCUGUUAUGCCACAGAUGAGGAUGAAAUCAGAUUCUUUGGACAAAGAAAAAAAGUCCAAGAGGAAGAGCGGUAAGAGGUUUGAACCCAAACUGGACCCAAGGGAAGAGCUGAUGCUUCAGAUUAGGAACUUCCAAGGAAGAGGGGGACUCAAAAAGGUUCCAGUGAAAAAAACAAAAUGGGUGUCUGGUCCAGGUGUCAAUGAGUAACCAUGGAAUCAAGGGUUAUAACCAUAGCAAUAUAGCAACAGGGAUGGCCAAUCAAGAGCAGAUGUUUGUAUGCAUCCAUCUGCUUCAUGCUGAAAUAACAUCUGGUGAGAAAUGGUGGAGCAGAAUGCUGUGAUGAUUCAACAGCAGAGGUCAAUUGGGGGGUCAAAGGUUAAAGGUCCAUGAACCAGAGAGUGAGAAUGAGGCAAACCAUGGGUGUCAUUGUCAUAAAAAAUGAAAUGAUAAACAGAACUAGAAUUGCUAGAAAUGAAUUAUUUUUGUGAUAGUAUUUUAUACUACAAAAGGUUAACAUGAUUGAUGAGGCAUAUUUAUAUAAUAUUCAAUUUUUAGCAGUCUUCCAAAGAAUUUGAUCAUGGUUACAUUACAUUUAAUUGUAAUUUAACAUUCAUACAAACAUUCACAAGAUGUUUAUUUUUCAUCUCCUUUUUGUUCACCAAUUAUGAUGAAGGAUGAAGCAAAUGUGUACUGUUUUUACUUUUGUAUGCAAUGUUUAUGUAUGUUUCACAAAGAGGAACAAAUCAAAGAAUAUAAUUUUUUUAUAUAAUUUUUUUAAAUUAUAUGGCAGAAGUUCAAACCACCAAAUAAUGGUGGCUUUUGUAUUCAAUUUGAACCCUCAGCAAAGAGAGGUAACUCUUGAAUUAUUCACUGUUUCCUUAAUAGUAUUUGUCCUAGUAAUUGGUAUAAAUUUUCCAGAAUUAAUCUGUAUCUCUGUUAAACUUUGUCAAUAUAUACCACAAAAAAGCCCAUUUUAAGCCGAGGGCCUUUUCUUUAUUGAGGUAUAUUUUUAUAAUCUUUAUACAACAUUAUCCUAUUAUUGAUAAUCAGCAUUUUUCAACUGUAAAAAAACGUUUUUGUAGCAAAGAUAAUCGAUAUUUAAUGACAUGAUGUCCAAAGUUAUGGCAUUUCUCUUUUUUUUUUUUUGUAUAUAAAAAAAUAUUCCAAAUGUAUAUUUUGUUAGUGUACUGUAGAUAGAAUUCUUCAUUAUGCAUUUGCUAUUCAAAUGUUUCAAACAAAGUGCAAUUCCAUUUGACCUGUUUCAUCUCUGACAGUUCGAUCAUUAUUAUUUUUUUUUAAUUUGUUGUUUUAGAUGUGCAUAUGUACAAUAUAUAAACGAGUGUUCAUUUAGACCAAACAUAUUGUGUAUAUAACCACAGAGUGUCAGGUAGAGUGACAUCAAGUAAUGCCAGUAUCUCAAUAAUAAUUUUUUUCGGCUUGAAAAUCCAAAGGUAAGGAAAUGGAUUUUCACAUUUCGUAGUUAUAAUUGGUUCUGUAAAUAGUUUAUAUGUACAAAAAAAUAUAUUUAUUUAUCUGUGAUGUAGAAAAAAGAUUAAUUGGGCAUGUCCACACGUAUAAUCAGAUACUACAUGUAAUAUAUUUUAAUAAGAAUUCAAACUUUAAAGCUCAUUUGUGCUGUAUGUUUUAAAUUUGGAAAAAUAAAUUCAAUUGAUAUGUUUUAUAAUAUAUUUUUGAUAUUUGAA